UGGGUGCUGAGAAGGAUCUAGAAUAGGUGGUGGUGUUCGAAGCGUCAGUGAGCGAGUUUAUAAAGGCCGGUGAUAUUCUAAGCUUGACCACUGGAGCGACUGGCCCUCGUCCAACAAGAGCUAGGAUCCCCAGCAGCAGCAAGAGAUUUGCAUCGACAACCACUGCUGCGGCGGCCAUGGGAGGCGGAAAUCUCAAGAUGAUCGCCGUUUCCGGGUCUCUGAGGAAGGGCUCUUUCAACAGUGGUCUCGUACGCGCAGCACGCGAGAUUGUCAAGGAGAGCUUCGAAGAUGUGGAGCUAGAGCAUGUGGACAUUUCCCAGCUCCCUUUCCUCAACACGGACUUGGAGCAAGACGGGCGAUUUCCGGGGGUCGUGGAGGAUUUUCGAGCUAAAGUCCUUGGGGCGGACGCUGUGCUGUUUGCAAGCCCGGAGUACAAUUACUCCAUCACAGCUCCACUCAAGAACGCAUUGGAUUGGGCGUCGAGGAAUCCAAAUGCGUGGGCCGGGAAGCCAGCCGCAAUCGUGAGCGCCGGGGGCGGGUUUGGAGGCGGCAGAGCCCAAUAUCAUCUGCGACAGGUGGGAGUUUUCCUCGACCUCCAUUUCAUCAACAAGCCCGAGCUGUUUGUUGCGGCGUUUCAAGCGCCGCCAAAGUUCGACUCGGACGGGAAUCUCGUGGAUCCGGACACUAGAACCCGUCUCAAAGCGCUUCUUCUCGCCUUGCGCCAGUGGACCCUCAAACUAAAAGAAUGCUAACAGCCAUAAACAUAAAACUCCCGAACUGAAGAUAUCUGUUUAGAGUUUAAGAAAUAUACCUAGAAUAUUCAUGAAUAUUCUAGUGUUCAAUGGC